AUGGAUUAUUUCGAAUUAUCAAGAAGUUGGAUUUGGGAUGGUGAAUUAGUUUUAUUAAUCCGAUCUUUGCUAAAAAGUUUAUUGAUUGAAAGCUUAGGACCGAGUUUGAAUAAACCUGCUAGUUCUCUCUAUCGACACAAUCUUACUCGAGUCUGCUCUCCGAGCUACGAGCGAUGA